AUGGAAUUUAUAGAUACUCUGGAUCAGCUAUUAAUAUUAGAUCCUAUAGAUCCUAACAUCACAAAAUGCCCUCAUUUUGCAGAAAUUAUUACCAAUUAUGAAAAAUUAAAUAAUGAAAGCAUUAAUUUUAACAGCAAAAGGAGAAAUAAGAGUAAUUCAAUAUCCACUAAUAAUAGCAUACCUAAUGAAUCUACUCAUUCUAGUAACAAUAAUAUAUCUAGGAAUAUCAGUAGCAGCUUUCUUGAUACUAAUAACAGUCUCAUUACUUUCAUUGACUGGGAAUUAUCUACUCGGUUUAAAUUAUCUAAUAUAUCCAACAAUUUCAAUUACAAUUCAGACCUUUGGCCAAAAGUUUUUACUAAAAAUUUUCUAUUGAAGUUUUCUAAUUCAUACGCCGUACUUUUACAGAUAUUAAUCUCCCUGAUGAAUAUAUCGUUAUUAAACAAACAGUUACUGCCAAAAAAAUUACCCUUCAUAAAAGAUUUAAUUUUAAAAUUAUUAAAAGACAAUAAUUAUUCAGUUGAGGGUAAUCUCACAAGAGAUAUUAAAAGAUUGAUCGAGGAUAAGCUAAUUGAUUUAAUUACGCAAAUUCUUUCGGUUAAUUCAUCCCCUAAAGAUUUCAUAUAUUUAUAUUCAAACUUCAAAAUAAAAUCUUUUCAAAAUGUAUUAAACAUUUUAUCCAAUCAAUUAAUCGAUCCACUCUCAUCGAAUUAUCUAUAUUUUGAAAAUGCUUACGAUACUUUAAAUUUAAUCAAUCAAAAUCCAAAUUCGCCCCCUAACUCGAAAAAUAACUAUACACUGCAUUUUUUCAUAGAAUUAAAUGAUACAAAAUCAAACAGAUUAAUAACAAUCAAUAAUGAAAUAUAUUUAGAGGUUAGAAAUAAUCAGUGCUGCUUGGCUACUGAUGAAUUUGUCAUUGCAUUAUUUGACGGAUUUAACUUCGAGACUGAUAUAUUAUAUUCUAUUACAUUCAUUAUAAAUUCAAUAACAAACGAAAUAAUAUUAUUCAUAGACGGAAAUUUUAUAAACCAACUUCCAAUAUUAAUUACAAACUCAUUAAUUAAUAUUAAAUUUAUCGAGAUUGGCUCAAUAUUAUGCUCAUUUAAACUAUUUAAGUUUUUCAUUUUCCAUGAUAUACUAUCUAAUUCAAUUAUACACCUGUUACAUGCAAUUGGUAACUCAAAUUCAUUUGAUUACAAUAACGAUCAUUAUAGUGAUAAUAAUAUAUUAACUCAAAAACAUAGCUUGCCUAAAUCUUAUUUUAAUAAUGAUACUAAUACUUCAGAUGAGCUGUUUAAUGUUAGAUCAACUUUUGGUGAUGCAUUUCUUGAGAAAAUAUUCAAUAAAAUAAACAGUGAUACAACUUCAAUUAAUUCCUCUGAUAGCACUGAUAUAAGUAGUGACAAUGAUACUCAACGCAAUGAGCUUAUUAAAAAGGAAGAAUUUAUGAGAGAUAUAAAAACUCUAAACAAAAAUCUAUUGCUAUUAAAUUAUAGUCCUAAUAACAUUAUUUAUCAAAAUUAUAAAGAAAAUUUAAAUAGUUGUUGGGGUGAUGAAACCUUUGUUAUUAAAUCGGGAAGAGUUGCAACAAAUAAUUCAAUAAAUAAUUGCUAUUAUUACAAAUCAUCUAACACAUUAACCAGUUUUAUUUCAAUCAACUGUUAUCAGUUUAUAUUAUGCAACUUAUCAAUUGUGAGCACUAUGGAGGAGGUUUAUGAUUACAUUAAUCAUCUAAUAAUAUUAUUAAGAAAUUACUAUCUAAAAAAUUGGUUUGAAAAAGAAUACGGGUUUACUUUAUUAUCCCAUAUUUUGUCGAGUAGAGUAAUAGAAAGACUGAAAAAGCCACUACCAAUUCAAUUCUUAAAUUUGUUUUUAAAAUUUUGCGGUUGGGAUUUAGUGGAUAUUACAAAGUCUUUAAUUAUUAAUGAAAUGGCAUAUAAACAUCUGGUGCUAAAUAUGGACCUGUGGUAUUUUGAAUGUUCGACAAUAAGCAGAUCAAGAUCAAAUUCUAAUAUACUAUUAGAAUUGAAUAGUAUCAAUAGCGCAACUCAUUCAAGAACUAACUCAAAUCUUAACAAUGAUCAUUCAACAUCAAAUGUAAAUAACACACGAUCAAAUUCAAACAUACACUUAACUCCUGGUCCAAUAAAUAAUGAUUGUACUACUAAUAAUUCAAGUAGUUUGGGACAAGGUGAGUUAGAAAUUAUUAGAUUCUUAACUUUUCAAAUUACUAAUUUAAUAGAAAAUUCUCAAUAUAAACAUUAUAAUUCAAAGAAAUUACGAUCGAUGAAUGUAUUAGAUGAACUAUGCCAUUACCAGCAUUUACUAAUAUUUCGAAACUCUGAUUCAAAAAUAAUUGAGCAGUUAAAAAAUGAAUUCUGUAGUGUUUAUUAUACUCUGUUAAUGGAUAACUUAACAAAAGUUAAUAUCCAAAAAAUUCUAAAUUUUGCAUAUUAUGAGUUAAAUUGUGGUAGCUUUAUUUUAUUUCAACUAUCAUUAAAAGCUCUAGAUAAACUUUUUGUUGAAAACAUAAAAAAAAAUCAUAACAAGCAUUUGCAAAUCAUUUCUGAGAGCAUAUCCCCUAAAUUUUUAUUAUUACUAUUAGAUGAAUUAAUUCUAAACGAAAGAGAUUGUUCAAGAUGCCUAAGCCUUGUUUUAAAGGUUUUGUUAUCUAAUCAAAAAAUUUUGGUGAAGUUCAUCAAAAAUACAGGAUUUGAACUGUUAUUUGAUAUAUUAAAAAAUAUUCCAAAUCAUAAAUUUGAAGAGAUUAUCUAUAUUCUUUUCCAAUUUGCUAUUGGAAAUAUUCAACUCCAUGUCGAUGAUCUCGACUCUGAAAGUUGUAAAGGCCUAAAAAAUGACCCCAACUUUAAUUCAUCUAAGCUUGUUAUCAGAAACAAAGAUUGUAUAUAUCUUGCCUGUGAACUAUUUGAGUGGACAAUUAAUCAUAAUUUAGAUUAUGAUUUAGAUGAAUUUCUUUCCAAAUUUAUUUCCAAACUAUCUCAUCUUAGCGAGCUAGAAGUAAAUAUUCAUAGUUUUGACCCAAGAGCAAGCAACACGUUAGUACUAUUAUCUGACUGUUUAAUUACCCUAACAGAUGCAAAAUAUAAGGAUAGAUUUGAAGAUUCGAUUGAAGCAAUUAAAAUUUUGAUCUUUACGUUUUUUGAGAAAGCUCUUCGUGAAUUAAACAAUAUUGAGUAUUGUAACUUCAUUUCUUCACUUCUCUGCUCCAAAACUUCUCAAUCCAAUAUUUUAGGAUAUUCAUCAAAAAGAAAUGGUUAUUUACAAGUUUCAUUUUUCCAGAAGAUAUUUCCAUCCAUCUUAGAGAAAUUAUUGGACGCAAGUAAUGAGUUUUCAAUUAAACUAUUAACUUGUCCUUAUAUGCUAAUCAAUUUAAUAAAUACAUAUGCUGAACUAAAGCAUUUCUUUCCAAUUAUAAAAAUGAAGGUUGAAUUUUAUCAUUUAAUUAUGACUAGUUUAAUGCGAUCCAUCAAAAUUUUUCAAUCAAGUGACAUUAGACGCUUCAAAAAUAUAUCAAAGGUUUCUUUAAGAAGGCAAGUUUUAUUAUUUCAAUCAACUAUUAUAUUUUUGAUAUUUAACUCAACUUCAGAAUGGAGUAAUGAAUUAGAAAAAAUGCUAUUGAUGGAAAUACUAGAUCAUAAAUAUAUCUUAUUCAAGGAAAAGGAACCAAUAUAUGAUGGUGAUUUAUUGUUUAUGCUUGUUCUAUUUUUAAAAAUUCGAAUCAAUCGUGAAGUGAACAGAACAUUGAAUUUUGAAUGUACGAAAAUGAUAUUCGAAUUUCAAAAAAGGCCCUCUGUGAAGAAAAACGUUUUUGAAAUGAUUUAUGCUCCUGAAGAAUUUUCUAUUAUGAGUAGAGUGUUUCUAGCAGAACAAAAUACUGCAAUAUCAAUUUUAGUUGCUAACCAAGCUGCUUCAAAUUCUAACGAGAGGGUAUCAUUUGUACAAGAUAUAAUUAACUUGCUGAGACUAGAACCUGACUGGAAGUUAACUGAAGUAGAACAAGUGAAAUUACAAAUUUCACAAUUUAAACAACAUAAAAUGGAUAGAAAGUACAAAAAUAUUGAAACUAUUCAUGAAUUAUUUCAGGAGGAUAAUAAAUUGUUAGAUACAAAAAUGCAAACAAUUAGUAGAAAAUUAUUUUCAAAUUUCUUAACAGAUCUAGAAGAAGAUAAUAUGAUCAAUAACAAUAAAUUUGGAUUUCUACUAUUUAAAUUUAAAAAUUUACUGGAGGAUUAUGAAGGUAAAUCCCACUUAUUUGAUUGGAAGUUAGAUUCAGUAGAAGAUUAUAAUAAAACAAAGAGAAGACUAUUACCUUUCUGGGAACCAAAUCUAGAUUACCAUCCGUUAAUGCUAGAUAAUAGAAAUAAAAUGGGAAAAGAAUCCCAAGAACAUGAUAAUUUUAAAAGAAGGUCAAGCGGUAGUAGCAUGAUUUCUUAUGAUGUUGUUUCCAAUAUAGAUACAGACGUGACAGAGCAAAUAAACACUGGCCAGAAAGACGAAAACAGAAAAAUAUUAAAAAUUUUGAAGCCGAAUGAUUACAUCAAACAAAUUUGGAACUGUAGUUUGGUAAUUGGUUUAGAUGUGAGAGAGGGUAUUUUAAUUCUUGGUGGAACUCAUCUAUAUUUUAUAAGUCACUACUAUUAUUCAAAGACUAAAAAAUGCGUAUUGAACUUGGAUGAAGUACCAAAUAAUUUGCGUGACCCUGCUGUUACGUUAAUUAAUGGUGACAGUAUCAAGGAUGCCCCAGAAUUAUCUUACCAUGAAGUACGCACGUGGAAUUUACAUAAUCUCGCUUAUUCUACAAAACGGCCAUUUUUAUUAAGGGAUGUUGGAUUAGAGUUGCUAUUCGAAGAUGGUACUACCAGUUUUUUCUGUUUUUCAUCAGGAAAUUACAGAAAUAAAGUCUAUACUUCUCUAGAAACUAAUUAUAAACUAGCAGAUAUGGAUCCUGUUCUGGCCAAGACAUUAGAAGAAGUAAACAAAAGAAGUCAAUCAGUUAAUUCUAAAAAUGGUAUAGUAAAAGAAUCUUUUACUAUGAGAGUAGUAAAUGCUAUUUCUUCCACAUCAUCAUCAACUUUAGAGUAUGAGGCUACUGAAUUAUGGAAAAAAGGUGAAUUAUCAAACUUUUACUAUUUAAUUAUCUUGAAUGUUUUAGCAGGCCGUACUUUCAAUGAUCUUACACAAUAUCCUGUCUUUCCAUGGGUUCUAUCCGAUUAUGAAAGUGAUUCAAUUGAUUUAGCAAGUGAGUCAUCAUACAGAGACUUAUCGAAACCAAUGGGUGCACAAUCUGAGAAGAGGUGUUCUCAGUUUGUUGAACGUUAUGAAGCGCUAUCUGAAAUGGCCUCUGAUGAUACUACCCAUCCAUUCCAUUAUGGUACACACUACUCAUCUGCAAUGAUCGUAUCAUCUUAUAUGAUAAGAUUAAAGCCUUUUGUGGACUCAUACUUAUUAUUACAAGAUGGAAAAUAUGGAGUUGCAGAUCGACUAUUUAGUUCAAUUGCUAGAGCAUGGAAAUCUUCAGCAAUUGAAAAUACUACUGAUGUUAGAGAGCUAAUUCCAGAGUUCUUUUUUCUUCCUGAAUUCUUGUUAAAUUUAAAUAAGUAUGAGUUUGGGAAGGAUCAAAAUGGUGUUGAGGUUGAUAACGUUGUUUUGCCAAAUUGGGCAAAAAACGAUUCAAAAAUUUUUAUUAAGAAGAAUAGGGAAGCACUAGAAUCAUCGUAUGUGUCAGAACAUUUACAUGAAUGGAUUGAUUUAAUAUUUGGUUAUAAACAAAGAGGUGAACAUGCAGUUCAAGCAGUAAAUGUGUUUGACAGACUAAGCUACCCAGGUGCCGUAAAUUUAGAAAAUAUUGAUAAUGACUUAGAACGUAGAUCAAUCACUGCAAUAAUUCAUAAUUUUGGUCAAACACCAUUGCAGAUUUUCCAGAAACCCCAUCCUAAGAGAGAAUUUACCGGUAUACAUCAAAUAUCUACUGAUCUCUGGGAUCAAUUGGGAGAAACACCAACAUCCCUUCAAUCUAUUGGUGAUAAAGUUUUUCACAUUGGUCCAAAUAGUAACAAUAAUGACUAUAAUGCAUUUAAAUUUUUAGAUAUUGAAUUAUUAAUGAAUGGAACCUUCCAUACUUUGAAGUUAGAAUCGUUUGGAAAUUUGAGAAUUGGUUCUAAAUUAUUCGAAGGUAUUCAUACAUGCGAAUUAACGUCUUUUGCCUACUAUAAAAAUACAUUGUUCUUAACUGGAGACAAGUUUGGCUUAAUAAAAUUAUGGAAAUAUCUGGAUAAAGCAGCUGAGCCUCAGAUCAUGUAUAGUAGUUCAUUUUAUGGUCAUCUAUGCGCAAUUCUUGAAAUGUAUAUUUAUGAAGAUAAUAGUGUCCUUUUAUCUCUAGAUUCUGACGGUGAAACUUAUAUUUGGGACAUUAUUAACAGUCAAAGAAUACGAAGAAUUAAUAAUAAUGUCUUGCAUUGCGCAAUAUGCAAAUGCAAGGGGACAAUCGCGACGUAUAACAAAUACAAAACUCUAUCUUUAUUUAAUAUAAAUGGUAUGGAGUAUUGCAAUAUAAAGCUGAAUUUCCAUGAAAAGGUUUCAUGCUUGAAAUUUUUAGAUUUUAGCUCACUAGAAUUGGGUAAUAGACGACAUCAAUAUUGGAAAGAAGAAGACAUUCUUUUUGUCGGAUUUGAGAAUGGUUUAUUGAAAAUUUAUGAAUUAUUCUUAAAUGAGGAAAGUAAAUGGGAUAUAAGAUUGUUGAAAGAUUUAAAUACUGGAAUUCGGAGUAAAAUAACAUGUAUUGAACCAAGUUUAAAAAUAGAUCGUAUUAUUAAAAAAGAACAAGACAAUGAAUAUAUUGAUAUGUUAAGAAUGGAAAUAGUUAUUGGUGAUGAAGAAGGGACAAUUCAUAUAUGGAAUUGUUCUCCAGAGCAAAACUAA